AUGGCUGGCAAUGCACCUCGUGUCAAGGAAACAUAUAUUAAACGAGAAGACUGGCAUCUUGAGGGUGAGGAAGGGAUGAACUGGUCUGGAUGGAAGGAAGCACUCCGGCCGUCGCUCCCUGACAACACAAUUCCUGAUGGCUACAGAAUACGUAGCAGCGUCAACAACGAACAACAACCUGGGUUGAUUUGCACUAAGGAAGUUGAGAAUUUUCUCGAUCAAUAUCGAUAUCAAUACAAAUGUGGAAUAUACGAAUGGGGGGCUAAGAGUAGAAAUGAUCUCAAAGGCAACAUGAAGGUGGUUUACAUUGGCUGUUCUUGCAGUUCAAAAGGACGAAAGUUGAAGGGAAGAAUUAUGGAUUACUGUACAAGCGGAUCGCACAAGCGCCAGGAUAUUAACUAUGCCUUGCAGCAAGGAUAUACUCUUUAUGUUAGAGUAAAAGAAACCGUCAAUACGACGCAGGCGGCAGAAGCCGCAGAGAACGAGCUCUUGCAGAAGUAUAAUUACGCAUGGAAUCGGCGAAUUAUAAAACCCGCCAGAAGCCUGCCAAACCUACGCUGAAUACUCUAUAAUGGCUAGCGGGAAGCCACUUAGCAAUACAAGCUUAAUCUAACUUUUUGACGGCAAUGCUCUGACAACAAGAACUUUUAAAUGGAAGUAGAUAACAUUUGAAUUGGUCUGCUUCCAACUUAUAUUGUUACCAGCCAAUGUAAAUAAAAAGAUUCACUAUUUGUUGUAUUUGCAGUAUAUAUAAGAGCUCUUGUAUUUGUUUCUUUGAACAGACAUGUUGGCUGCUUAUACCGAACUUCUCUUGUUAAAUUGUAAACAGGUAUAUAACCAC